AUGAAUCUUCUGCAAUGGCAUGGGCCGGCUGUGAAGAAAUUGUUGGGAUGGAAACAAGGUGAUGAAGAAGAGAAAUGGUCCGAAAAAGCGGUUGACGCCCUGGUGAAAAAGUUGAAAAAGCGGAAGAAGGGUGAUGGCGAGGGAACUGUCGAGGACUUGGAAUGGGCGCUCGCGAAUCCCACAUCAACCAGUAGAUGCGUAACGAUACCGAGAAGUCUUGAUGGCAGGCUGCAGGUGUCGCACAAGAAGGGGUUGCCACAUGUGAUUUAUUGCCGGGUAUGGCGAUGGCCGGAUCUUCAUAGUCACCAGGAAUUACGGGCAAUCCCCGAAUGUAUGUACCCAUUUGAAGGGAAUCGAGGGAAUAUUUGCAUAAACCCAUAUCACUAUGUGCGGAUUGAAAACCCAAGGCAUCUGGGAGCUUCUUCUCAAUAUUCCCCUCGCCAUCCGGCCGUGGAUAUGCCUGGAACCUCUUCUACCUAUCAUACACCUUCUCCGCCCUAUCAGAUGGCUUAUUCAAGCGACGGAUCUCCAACGGGCUAUAUGACGCAUAGUCCGACACUUUCCGAUGAUGAUGAAUGCCAACGAAUGGUCUCCCCCAUAACCGCCAUUAGCAAAUUGAAAAUGCCACCCCCAGCCUUCUGGGCAACAAUCAAUUACUACGAGUUAAAUACGCGGGUUGGGGAGCAGUUUAAGGUGUAUUUAAAAGAAAUUACGGUAGAUGGGUUUACCGAUCCUUCGAACGACGGCCGGAUUUGUUUGGGACUCUUGACAAACGUUAAUCGAAACAAUACAAUUGAAAACACUAGACGGCAUAUUGGAAGAGGCAUAAAAUUGACUUACUAUGAUAGUUUGAAUUUGGAUGUGACGAAUCACUCAAAUUCACCUGUUUUUGUGCAGUCCCGAAAUUGCAAUUGGAAGAUGGGCGUGUCUCCUCAAACUGUUCUUCGAGUUCCGCCAGGCGUAACGACGACGAUAUUCGAUCACCAGAUAUUUGUCUCGAUGUUAAAUAACGCUCGAAUGGCGGGAUAUAAUCAGCUCUACGAACUGGAGAAAAUGUGCUUUAUUCGGGUGUCAUUUGUUAAGGGUUGGGGAGAUGAUUAUCCUCGCCAAGACGUCACUUCAACACCAUGCUGGAUCGAGCUACAAAUGCAUACACCACUGGCGUGGAUCGAUCAAUGCUUGCACAAUGCUGGCAAUCCCAAUGGUGAUAUCACCUCAGUAUCU